GUCUAUGUUUUUCUGCUGUCAAUCAGAAAAAGUUUUUGUCAAAUCAACUAUUUGAUUUUCGCAACAAACGUUUUGGGGAAUUGCAGUUUAUUGGAGUGUAGUCGCUGCCGUUGCCCAUUUAAUAGCCAUUAUACGUGUGUGGAAAUAACAACAUAAUUUACGUAAAAUGGAUGCGAACAACUCAAGCGCGGCUUCAGUCAAAGUAAAUGGGGCAAGCACAACUAAUGGAAAUGCAAAAACAAUUGGCAACGGCUGCUACAGAGAUGACGAUUCAUGGAAGGAAAUAACCAUUGAUGUACCUUGGGGUACUGUGGCUGGCAAAUGGUGGGGUCCACAGAAUCGCCAGCCCAUACUAGCGUUGCAUGGUUGGCAAGACAAUGCCGGCACAUUCGAUCGCCUGUGUCCACUGCUACCCGCACACAUUCCAAUACUCUGCAUAGAUCUGCCCGGACAUGGCAAAUCCUCACAUUAUCCCAAGGGCAUGCAGUAUUUCAUCUUCUGGGAUGGCAUUUGUCUCAUACGGCGUAUAGUGCGUCGCUAUGGCUGGGAGAACGUUACGCUGCUGGGUCAUUCAAUGGGUGGCGCGCUUACAUUUAUGUAUGCUGCCAGCUUCCCGGAUGACGUGGAGAAACUGAUCAAUAUCGACAUCGCUGGACCGACAGUACGUGAUACCGAACGCAUUGCUGCCAAUACGGGCAAGGCUUUAGAUAAAUUUUUGGAUUAUGAAAAUUUACCAUUGAAGAGGAUACCCUGCUAUGAUUAUGAAGAUAUGAUCAAAUUGGUAUUAGAUGCGUACGAUGGUUCGGUGGAUGAGGCGUCAGUUAAAGUGCUGAUGCGUCGUGGCAUGUUGCCCGCGCCACCGGAAACGGAGAAAAAAGGCUUCAAUUUCGCCAGAGAUCAGCGUUUGAAAGUCAGCGCCCUAGGCAUGUUCACAAUGGAGCAAGUGCUGGCCUAUGCGAAGCAGAUACGCUGUAAAGUACUCAAUAUACGCGCGGAACCCGGCAUGGAUUUCCAAAAUCCACACUUUUACGCGGAGGUCAUUGAGACGUUGCGGAAAAAUGCGAAAUUGGUGAUAUUCGAGAAAGUACCUGGCACGCAUCACUUGCAUUUGGUAACGCCAGAGCGAGUGGCGCCCAUUAUUAGUAAUUUUAUAUUAAAGUCAUAAGUGACCCGCUAACAUAGUAGUUGCUUGAAGCUACUUACAUAUAUAACUAACAUACAUACUUACAUAUUUAUAAUAGUUGAAGAAGAAACUAAACGAAAUUAGUCGUUGAAAAUGCUUAAAUAAGUCUUAAGAACUGUGUGUAAAAUGAGGUUUUUCAAAUUAAUUGUCAUAAGUGUGCGCACAAAUCGUGUAUUAACUAUUUCUGCUACAGUAUUUGUAUGAAAACUGCGUUCACCCGGUAUUAAGAAACAUUAAAUUAGAUUUAAAAUACUUAAUAUGAUGGAAAUUAUAAAUAUUUCGUUAUUUUGAGUAUUUUCUAUUAAUUUAAUGUUUUUAAUUCUCGUUCUUUUGUGUGUAUGUCAGUGCUGCUAAGGAAGGCAUAGUUUACAAUAAAAAAAUAAAAUAAAAUUUAAAUUAUCUGUGGGCAAUAGGUAUGGCAAAAUUACUAUUUCUAAAUAAUAUCUAAUAUUAUAAACAAAAAAAAAAAUGCUAUUGAACAAAUUAAGAUGCUAUAUAAUUAAACAAAUAUGAAACAUAUUGAACAGAAAAA